UGAUGAAGAAAUCAGUACAAGGAUAAUCUGACACUGGGAGUACAACUAUCAAUCUUCUAGCUGAAGAGACGCACUAUUAUCUACAGGUUUUAAAACGGAUACCACAAAGAUGAAAGGAGCAAAUGGUGUUGGCAGCGAUCUGUCAGAGCAGAUAAAAGAGGUGACCAAGGACAGCCAUGUGCGUGCUGAGAACACCCAGCUAAUGCUUAACUACCAGAAAGGACAGAUCACUCUGCCACAGUAUAAGGUUCUUCUGUGCUCCCUGUAUGAGAUCUACCAAGCACUGGAAGAGGAGCUGGACAGGAACUCGGGCCACCCAGCUGUGGAGCCCAUCUACUUCCCUCAGGAGCUGGCCAGAUUGGAGUCUCUUGAGAGUGAUCUUGAGUAUUUCUUUGGGCCACAGUGGAAAAAGAGAGUUAUAGUACCCGCAGCAACACACCGAUAUGCUGAGAGGCUUCGAGAGAUUGGCAGGAGCAGCCCAAAUCUCCUCGUAGCUCAUGCUUACACCCGUUAUCUUGGUGACUUGUCAGGAGGUCAGGUCCUAGGAAAAAUUACCCAAAAGUCCAUGGGACUUGGCAAGGAGGGUGUGGCAUUCUUCUCAUUCCCAGGAGUGACAAGUCCUCACCGAUUUAAGCAGCUGUACAGGAGCAGAAUGAACAGCAUUGAGCUGAGUGAGGAGGAGCGCAGGAAAGUUCUGGAUGAAGCUGUCAGGGCCUUUGAGUUUAACAUUGAGGUUUUUGAUGACCUUCAGAAAAUGUUAAGCAUCACAGAAGGAACUUCAAGUGGCAUUGGAGCUCAAAAUGGACACAUCACACCACUAACAGCCAUUUCAGGCUCUCCAGUCAUUAAGCUUACAUUAGGACUGUGUGUUGCACUGGCAAGUGUUGGAAUAGGAAUCUAUGCUGCUUUUUAGAAUGUUACAGAAUUAAAUAUAAAAGAUUACUUAACCAUAAGUGAUUAUAAACUCCACUGUAUUUUGAAAUACAGGUCUGAACCACUAAAUGUUUUUA